UCUGUCGAGGGAGAGACUCGCGGUGAGGGAUCCGAACUGAUCCACCGAUGGAGAUAAACCAGGAGUCGGUGCUGUCGGUGCUGGUGGGGGGAGGGGGGAGGGUCAGGAACUCCGAGCUGCUGAGUCAGUUUAAGGAGAAGUUACACUGCGGCGAUCCGGCCGAGAAGAAGCAGAACAGAGAAGUGUUUAAGGGGAUCAUCAACUCCAUCGCUGUGGUUAAAGAGAUCGAGGAGGUGAAGUACAUCGUGCUGAGGAAGAGGUACCUGCACCUACUGCGGGGAGGGGGAGGGGGGGGGGAGGAGGAGGAGGAGCAGGAGGGGGAGGGGGGAGGAGGGGGUGAUGAGGAGGAGCAGGGGGGAGGAGGAGGAGGAGGAGGUGAACAAGUUCCUGAAGUUCCUCCUGAGGAGAAGGUGUCAGAGCAGCAGCAGCGUCCCCCUGACUCGCCACUCAGCUCCGCCCCGCCCUCCUUCAUCGAGCUGGCUUUACAACAACAGAAAUAUACGGACAUUAAGCUGAAGAAGUCCUUGCAGUUCAAAAUGCCCCUGAGAUCAGGUGCAGGCGAUGGACAGAAGCUCAGACCCGCCUGCUCCGGCGGCACCGAGGCGAGCGCUCAGAAACGCUUCGCCCUGCCGUUACGCAUGGCCCCCGUGAUCAUCACGCCUGGGGAGCAUAAAGAGACGGAUAAAAUGAAGAUCCCAUCGAAUGACCAGAAGGUCCACUUGGCUGCGCCGAGCUCCACGCCCGGGCCUCCCGCCUCACCUCGGGUUAAGAGACGCUCGUCUGUAGACAGCGUGGGCGUCAGCAGCUCUCCUCAGCCACGCAGACACUGCAAAAGUGUCAAACCUGCAGACGAGCCCAAAUACAGCGACGCCGUCCCGCUGGACGGCACCGAGCACAAGUGGAUGGUGACGUCUGCAUCGGGACACUGGACACAGGUGUACGGCCUGCUGCUGGAAGACGUCCAGCUGGCAGACAGGAAGGAUUUCAUCUCGGGCUUCACGGCCCUCCACUGGGCGGCUAAGUGCGGGAAUUACGAAAUGCUGUGCAAAAUCAUCGACCUGUCCAAGGAGAGCGGCAAGGACGUGGACGUCAACACCAAGUCCUUCGCCGGCUACACCCCUCUGCACGUCGCCGCCAUCCACGGGCAAAUGUACGUCAUCGGCAUCCUGGUGAACGAGUACGGUGCCAACCCUCACGUCCGGGAUAACUCGGGGAAGAAGGCGCACCACUACCUGGUCGACGGCGCCUCGGACUCCAUCCGGGAGAUGCUGGGAGGCGUGAAGGUGGCGCGCUCUGAACCGCAGAAGAACACAGAGGACAUCGACGCUCACAAACACACUCACACCAUCAGCCGACUCUUCCAGCCCCAAACUAUAGGCUACAGGAAGAAGCCCAAGUCCAGGAGCACCCUCUCCUCUCUGCAGGAGGACGUGAAGGACGACAAGCCCGAGAAUCCCAAACCCAUGCACAGAGUUUUAUCCGAUGUCUUCUCCUAAAGCGUCUCUGCACUUUCAUUACGUGGGACCUUUAAUACGGCUGAGGGAACUGAAAUCACUGCGGUUUUAACCUGUAACCUAAAACACAACUUAAACACACACUCCAAUAACAACCUAAUCGUGAGUCAGGAUCAUUUCGGUCAGAUUUAGAAUCGUUUAUCUUUCUGUUUCUUCCUGUGGUGGGAAACUCUGUCUGAAACGUUAUAAUGUUAUCUUUUACUCUUUAUUAACUAAUAGAUUAAUGAACUCAUUUUAAAACUGGUAUCAUGGGAGAUUUGUGUUAAAGAUAAAUCUAUAUUAAUGACCUUUAUUGACUUCUUGGUGACAAACACACGGACGUUUAGAGUAAAAAUGUACAAGAAUAAUCAGUUGAUUAAAACAAGGGACAAUUCUUUAAGGAUGUUUUUAAUAAUGUACAUAAACACCAGCACCAUUGGACCAUGUGGGCAAUAAAGUGACUAAACUGUACACACUGUAAUAAAUAAUAUUUACUCACACUGUCAUAUUGUGCAUUUUAAAAAAUAACCAAUAAACACUGUAGUUAUUGUUGUUAUGUAUUAAUUCUAUGUAAAUAUAUUUAACAUGAUUGAUGUUUCAGUCUUUCAGAUCAGUUUUGUAUAGUAAUAUAUAAGCAGUUGAGAUUUGAGUUGAAAUGGUGUAAAUGUGUGUGUGUGUAUCCGUGGUGUUGGUGAUCAGACACACACAC